CUUCAAAGUAAAGAACCUUCAGAAAAUGAUAAUGAUAUAACUAAUUAUGUCAAUAGUAAUAACAAACAUGAUACACACUUUUCUGAUGAUCAAGAAAUUAAUUUAAAUGAUGCUGAAAAUGAAGAUUAUAAUAGUGAAGACAGAAUGGAAGAUUAUUUAAAAAGAAUCAAUGCUGAAAAUACUGAUGGUGAUGAUGAUA